AUGUCAUUAAAUUUAAGUGAUUUGAUCAAUCAGUCAUUAGACAAAAUCAAAAAGGCAAUUACAAAAAAAUAGUUUGAAUUAAAACAGAUCAUAGAUGAGGCUUAGUAGGUUAAGGAUUACUAUGAUGCAAAUCACUUAAUAAAGGUGUACUAAUUUUGUAUUGAAUCCAAAUAAGUUAAAUUGAUUGAAUUGGCAUUAUUUGAUAUCAAGAACAUCGUAGAUUAGGGUUUUUUAUCAGGAGAACAAAUCAUAGGAGAAAAGAGAGCAAUAGAGAUAACUUUAGAGUUGGUAAUGUAAACUUAAUUGGAGAAGGAGGAGACUGUUUAAAUAUAUAUGAUAAAAGCAAUACAAGCAAUAAUGACGAAUAGAAAGCACCAUAUUUAUGGUGAAGCUGUCACAAGAGUUUUUUCAUUAUUAAUAAAUCUGCAUUCAGUUUCAAAAAUAGUUGCAAUAAUAAAUGCUAGUAAAGAGGCUUGCUAGAAAAUCGUUAGCACUUAUUUUGCAAGACUUGAAGAUUAUGGCAUUCUUGCAGAAGAGGAAUACUAAUAAGCCAUUUAAUAAUAAGGUAAUUAGGGAUAAUUAGUUUUUGGAAAAUGUAAAGCUUUAGUUAAUGCUGAAUAAUAUAUGAAAUCUCAAUUAAUAUCAAUGGUUGAUGAAGUGUAAAUUUAUAGUGAAAGAAGAUCAAUUUAUGAGAAGCAAUUGGAUGAUUUAAAUAAAAUGAAGGUGAUUGAUUUGAAUUUGCAUGAACCCAAUUUAAGAAACGUAACCAUUGAUAAAAAUUAAAUAUAAAUUAAUUUAGUCAAUGAAUUGAAUAUAAAAAAUGGAAAGUUUGGUUGGUGUAUUAUUUGCAGAAAGCAAGCAUCAUAAUAUUGUAAAGAUACAAAAGUGCCCAUUUGUAGCAAAGAAUGUAAAUAUCUACAUUUAAAUCAAAUGUUUAACUUUUCUCAAUCUCAUUAGCAUUCUACGUUUAGUGAAUAAUAUGUAAAGGAUGCUUAUGAAAUUUUAGAAAUGCUUUGCUAAUUAAGUCAAAAAGAACCUUAAAAUCCAUAAUUAGCUUAAAUGAUUAUAAAAUGUAAAGUCUUAUCUUUGGAAUUAAUCUAUGAGGCUUUGGCUCAGAGCGAUGUUAUAUUACAGAAUAAACCUAAAUUAAUAUCAAUAUUAAAAGAAUAGUUGUUGGAAUCAUUGUUGAAGAAUUCUCUUUCUACUGAGAAACAACUACUAAUUUUGACUUUAAACAUUUUCAUUUAGUUGAUCUGGAAAGUGAGAAGUCAUAUGAAAAAAGAACUAGAAGCCUUGAUUGAAAAUGUUUAUUUUAAAUUUUUGGAGAGUAGCAAUAGUUCUUUUGAUCAUAAAUAAUACACUUUGAAGGUUUUCAAUAAAAUUCUUACUCGUCCAAAAGUGGUAAUUGAGGUAUUUGUAAACUACGAUUGUUCUGUAGGUCAGAAUAACCUACUUAAGAAAAUUUUAGACAUGUAGUGUCGGAUUAUUUAGGGAAGAUUCAGUAAGCAAGAAUUUUAAGCCUCUAUAUCUAUAAAUCAAGAGAUUUAUCUAAAAGCUUUGUGUUUAGAUAAUUAUUGUGGAUAUGUAAGAUGUUUAAAAGAAUACUCUGAAUAAUAUGAAGAUUCUCAAAAUGUGGUUUAGAUUUAAUCGAUUGAUGAGUUGGAUGAUUCUGUUGUCUAAUAACAAUAGUUACCUUAGGAUCCGCUUGAGAAAUAGAAAUAGAUGAAAUUAGAAAUGAACAAGGCUGUUCAAAAAUUUAAUUUUAAACCUGAACACUGUAUAAAGCAUUUGAUAGCUUGUUAAUAUAUGGAAAACAGAGACCAUAAAUUAUUUGCUUAAUUUCUUUGGGAAAACAGAGACUUAAAUAAAGAUAAAUUGGGAGAAUUAUUUGGUAGUUCAAAUGAAUUUGAUUAAAAGGUGUUUUCAUUAUAUGUAGACUUUAUGAAUUUUAAGGGAUUACAAGUAGAUGAAGGUUUGAGAUAUAUGUUGGAAUUCUUUACUUUGCCCGGAGAAUCAUAAUAAAUAGAUAGGAUAAUGGAAAAGUUUGCUUCAAAGUAUUGUGUCGAUAACCCUGGAAUAUAUUAAUCAGCAUAAGCCGCCUACACCCUUUCAUAUUUAUUGAUGAUGUUGUAAACCGAUUUACAUAAUGAGAAAAAUUUAGAUAAAAUGACUCUAGCACAAUUCACCAACUUAGCCAGAGGAAUCAAUGAUGGGGAAAAUUUGCCUUAAGAAAUGUUGUAAGGUUUCUAUUUGCGGAUUUAAAAGACACCUUUGGCUUUGCAUGCAAAAGAAUAGGCUAGGAGAGCAUUAGAAUAAGCAAAUUAAGUUGAUCAAAGAAGAAGACAUGUUAUGUUAGCUAAGGAGGCUGAAGAUGCAUUAAAGAAAUGGUUUAAAGAGCAUCCAAAUUAAGAUGCAUUCUACUAUGUUAAUACAAUAGAACAUAUGAAGUCUUUAUUACAAUAAACUUGGAGUGUAAUAUUUGCAUCAAUAAGUGUAUUUUUAGAAUAGACUGAAGAUCAAUAAUAAAUAUUAUUAUGUUUCGAAACAAUUCAAGCAUUUAUUUAAUUGAUGGGCAGAUUCGAUUUAGAUGAAGAGAAGGAUACAUUUAUCAGUUUUUUAUAUAGAUAUUGUACAAAUAUCCCAAGCACUUACAAGUAAAUAUUAGGAGUUCAAACUUUGAUAAAAGUUAGUCUUUAAUCUGGAUAAUAUUUACGUAAAAGUUGGAAGAUAGUAUUGUAAUUGAUAUCAAGAUUGGAAUAGUUACAUUAGGUUGUAAAGAAAAUAAAGGUUGAUUCACCUUACAAAGAGAAUUACAAUUAAGAAGACAUAAUUAGUAUUGAAAGAUUGUUUUAAUAAAUACAAUAUGAUCAGAUUGAUAAAAUAUUUAAUAGUUCAAUCAAUUUAGAUUCCAACUCCAUUUUAGAAUUUAUCAGUGCUUUGUGUGAGUUAUCAAAAGAGGAAAUUAAAUACAAUAGAGUGUUCUUAUUGAGCAGAGUAAUUGAGGUUGCUGAUUUUAAUAUGAAUAGAAUUAAAAUUAUUUGGUCUAGAAUGUGGGAAAUCAUGAGGGAGCAUUUCCUUGAGGUGGGAUGUCUAAAAAAUGUAGAUCUUGCAAUGUAUGCAAUUGAUUAAUUAAAGUAAUUAAGCUGCAAAUUCUUGUAAUAACCUGAACUGACAAAUUAUCACUUCCAAAAGGAAUUUCUAUUACCAUUUGAAUAAAUAUUUAGCCAUACUUAGGCUUAAUAGAUGCAUAAAAUUUAAUUGAGAGAAUAUUUAUUAUCUUGUAUGUGUAUGAUUACAAAUAUUUGUUUCAAUUCAAUUAAAAGUGGCUGGAAGAUCAUUAUGAGUAUAAUUAAUCAAGCUCUGUAAGAUGAUUAAUAGUAAUUGGUUCGAUUAUGCGUUUAGAUUACAGACAAAAUAAUGGAAGAUGUGAGCAAUUAAUAGGUUUAUUCUGAGAUUUUUAUGGAACUAAUUUAAGCCCUCAUAAAAUUGACUAAAAGCAAAGAUGUUAGUAUAGUCACGAAUGCAAUCAAACAAUUAAAAAUAUUGGUUGAUCACAUUGUUUUGAUUAAAAAGAAUGAUAACAAAUAUUUAGAUUAGUUAUGGAUUCCAGUUUUAUCUGCUCUCUCUGUUUUAUAUAGUGAUGAUAGAGUAGUUGUACAGUAAUAAAGCGUCAGCACCCUAUUUGAAUUGCUGAAAAUCCAUGGAGCAUAACAAUCCAAUGAAUUUUGGAAGAUGAUUUUGAGAGGUGUGAUUAGACCAUUAUUUGAUGAGAUUUAAUUUUCUAAGAUGUAAUUCAUAAAACAAACUUAAACUAAAUAGUAAGUAAUCUCAGCUUAUAAAAUGACUUUUAAUUUAUUCACAGAUUUAGUGGUUCUUUACAUCGAAUAAAUGUAGCCUUGCUUAAAUGACUUAAUUGAUAUAUAUGUUUAGUUGGUGUUGUAAACCUAAGAUUUUCUUUCAACUUUAUGUCUAGAUUCACUGAAAACCAUUGUUUAACAAGGAGGCUAAUCUUUUACAGAAGAAAAUUGGAUUGUUAUGAUUGAAUAAAUAUAGCACCUUUUACAAUAAUGUUCUCCUAAUGAACUGUUUGAGGCUUAUAAUUUGGAUGAAGAUUUUCAAAAACCUUUGGAUGAGCUAUUAAAGGAGGAAAUACGACCGAAGAAGUUUAGCUUUAAGAUUAAUGCAUAUGAAUGCACUUCCAAAUAAUCAAUUCAAUAGAAAUGUUUAGAAAUACUAGAAGUGUAAGCCAUUCAAUAUAAAGAUUCAAUAUCCUAAUAAAAUAAAGAUUAAAUUUUAACAAUAUUCAAUGAAUAAUAUUAAAAGUGUAAGAAAUUCAAUACUCACUUCUAUAUGAGAUACUUUCUAGAAUAAUGGGCUAUGCAGUGGAAUAGAGUUAAAAAUGGACCUGAAGAGUUAGAUGAACUAUCUGAUAAUCAGAUUAUAACUAACUAAUUAAGUUUUAUUAAUUAAGAAUUUAUUUCAGCAAAAGUGAUAGUUUAACUCACAUCCAAACCAUUAGAUUUUAUUGAACAAUUAAUUCAAAGAUUCACUGAAGCAUACAAUGGAUUUUAGAUACCUGUGCAUAAGCUUGAAACCUUGAAUGGAAGCUUAGAAUAACUAAGAUAUACAGAAUCCCAAGUUAUCAUAAGCAAGUCUUAAGCUUUAUUUAUGGAAAAUAAAAUUGUUAGUAAAUGGCUAAUUUAAUUAUUAAAAUUGGGAUUAAAUGCGUAAAAUAUAGAAAAUAGAGAUUAUAACAAAAUUUUAGUAAAUUUAUUAGAAGAAAUAAUAAAUUGUGAGAAUAAUUUAUAAUGA